GGCGGUUUGUGAAUAGAUUAUGUAUGAGAGUUGAAUGCAUAAUAGAUUCUCUCUUUUAUAAACUUUUUCUAUAGUGGAAGUAUGUUUUCAUGCUUGAAUAGAGAGUUGGGGUUCUAAGGUAUAUUUCAAAACGGGCCUUUGAAUUGCAUGACUUCGGGCCGUGUGGAGAGUUGACAAUCCUCCAUAUCGUGGUUAAGGAAAUGAAUCGACUCGGCCUUUGAUUGAUUUUUCUAUUCUUAAGUGCCUUGUGUUUAUGCGAUUAAGAAGCGGUAAAGUAAUUGGUGAAGAAAGCGAAAGUGAAACAGGUAGUAAUAGCGACAAGGUGAGUGAGGUAAGUGAGGCUGAACCCUCUUUUAAUUUGGAUAAUCUUGUGGAACUCUUUGGGUCUGCUCUUACCAUAUCUGAAAUUACACCUGUGAGUGUAUGCGUGCAAAACAUAAGUGAAUCUGAUUUCAAAGAAUCAACUUUUAAUAAUCAAGCUAGUUCUAAGAUGGCAGCCCCUAACCGUACUCUUAGAGAAUUAGCUACACUUGACUUGACCAUUCAACCUAUUUCCAUCACUUAUGGACUUUUGCCUACCGAGAGGGGCAUUGUUGAUGCUGCUAGCGGUGGUGCAUUAGUGAACAAAACCCCCACUCAAGCGAGGGAGCUUUUUAAUACCAUUGCCCAAAAUACCCAACAAUUUGGAACUCGAGAUACUGUAGUGAGGCCGGUUAGCGAGAUAGGGAAUCCAUCUUCUUUAGAAUAUAAGCUUUCUGCCUUAACUGAUGCUAUUUCUAAACUUGUUGUGGGUAAUAUAGGGGGUAGUAAGGGUAAACCUUGUGGAGUGUGUUGCUUGGAAGGACAUCCUACUGAUGCGUGUCCAACACUCCAAAAUCCUGAAGUUAAUGCUUUGUUUUUCAAUAAUAACAACCAAAAGAAGUAUGAUCCUUUUUCUAACACUUACAACGAGGGUUGGAGAGAUCAUCCAAAUCUGCGUUAUGGUCCUCCGAGGGGUAAUAAUCUGAAUUUUUCUAAUAAUCCACCUCCCCAGCAAGAUAGGGCAACCCAGAUGUUAGAACAAGUGCUUAAAAAGAUGGAUGAUAAAUUUACUUCGGUUGACAUAAGUCUUAAGCAACUUCAAGAAAGACAAACAGCCUCUGAAACUUUGAUUAGUAAUAUGCAAGCUCAAAUGAACAAUAGGCUGCCUUCCCAACCCUUUCCCAACCCUAAAGAGAACCUUAAUGCUAUAGAGUUAAGGAAUAUAAAAGUGCUCAAAGAACCUAAAAGCAUUAGGGAAGAGGUAAAAGAGUUAGAAGUUGAACGUAGAAGUCCAAAACAGUCCUUAGAACCUGAAAUUCAGCCUCUGGACUCUGAAGACCAGCCUUUAGAACCUGCAACCAGCAUCUUAGAUGAAGACAAUGAGGCUGAAAAAUCUGAGGAAAAAGGAGAAACUGACCUUAGUGAUAGAAAUCCAGCCCUACCACACCUUAAGGCACCCUUCCCUAGCAAAUUCCUUCAACCUAGAAAGCCUAAAGAAUUUGAUCUUGCACUUCUUGAUACUUUUAAGAAGGUAGAGAUUAAUUUACCUCUCUUAGAAGCUAUUAAGAAAGUCCCUAAAUAUGCUAAGUUCCUAAAGGAGCUUUGCACCAACAAGAAUAGGCUAGCGGGGAAUGAACGGGUAAGAAUGGGUGAAAAUGUCUCUGCAGUUUUUCAAAAGAAAAUUCCUCCAAAAUGUAAGGAUCCUGGUGUUUUUACCAUUCCUUGUCUUAUUGGUGAUUUGCACUUUGAUAGGGCCAUGUUGGACUUAGGGUCUUCUAUUAAUGUAAUGCCAAAAGACGUUUUUUAUAAGCUUAAUAUUGGGGAACUGAAACCGACAGGGGUAGUGAUUCAAUUAGCCGAUAGGAGUUAUACUUACCCCAAGGGUCUUCUUGAAGAUAUCUUGGUGAAAGUCAAUGACUUAGUUUUUCCCGCUGAUUUUUAUGUGUUGAUCAUGGGUUCUGAUACCUCUGACAUACCCAUUCUUCUUGGUAGACCUUUUAUGAAAACUGCUAGAGCUAAGAUUGAUGUUUAUGAUGGGGUUUUGUUGCUGGAAUUUGAUGGUGAAAAGAUUGAAUUUAACUUAUCUUCUGCGAUGAAAAGUCCCAUUGAAAAUAAUCAGCUUUGUUCUAUGGAUGUGAUUGAUGAUUGUGCUCAAGCUGUUUUUAACUUGUCUAGUGAUGAUGUGCUUGAUUCUGUGUUGUGUAAUAGUUUGGACAAGGUAGAACUUGAAUGCUUAAAGUACAGCUUUCCUAGUGAAGUUUUGAAUCUAGUUGAAUACCUUGCUGAGUUUGAAGAGCUAUAAACCCUUAGCCAACCUGUGUUUAGGGCUGAGUU